GCUGGAAUAAGAGCUUGGGGCUUGGGGAGGAAGUCGCGGCAGGAGUCGUGCUCUUCGCGGGGGCCUGAGCUCGCGCUCGCUCGAAAUUCGUGUCGCCAGUGGGGAACUUCCCAUUCUGUUCCCUCGGCAUCCUCCCGCCUAUGCUCUGGCGCCGCCGUUGGCAGAGGCAAAGGGAGUCCUACGUUUCUCAGUGAGCAGGCGGACGGAAGGAGGGAGCAAGCCACAGCUGGGCGGGUCAGCGCUAAGUUUCUGCACAGAGAAGCGUCAUGGGCUUCCGGAAAUUCUCCUCCUUUCUGGCUUUCAGCAUCUUGGUCCUGUGCCAGACCGGCAGCCUCCGGGCGGCGCCUUUCAGGCCAGACUUAGAGAGUAGCCCAGACCUGGCCGGGCUCAGUGAAAAGGAAGCGCGCCUCCUGCUGGCAGCACUGGUGCAGGACUACGUGCAGAUGAAGGCCAGUGAGCUGGAGCAGGAGCAGGAACAGGAGACAGUGGGCUCCAGCGUCACUGCCCAGAAGAGAGCCUGCAACACCGCUACCUGUGUAACCCACCGGCUGGCAGGCUUGCUGGGCAGAUCAGGGGGUGUGGUGAAGGACAACUUCGUGCCCACCAAUGUAGGCUCCAAAGCCUUUGGCCGGCGCCGCAGGGACCUUCAGGCCUGAGCAGCUAAGUGGACCCAGAAAACAGGUUACCAUGAAGCUGAACUCACCACUUAUAUUAAUUCCUGUUGACAACAACUUGGUGAGAAGGCCCCAUUGGAGAUACCCAUGUUUGCAUCCUAAUAGAUAUUGAAAAAAGCACCUUUGUCACUUGAAAGAAAUGAAACUGAAUGCAUUCUAAGCUAAUUCCAUAUUUAUUGUGCUUCAUUUUUAUUCUACGUCCAAUAAAUGUGAUGGCAUCUCCCACUGGUUCAUUGAGAGCCAUCUUGGUAAUCAUGGCAGCUCUGUCAACCUUAAGCAGACGUGAAAUUACUGCCUCUUGCAGCCUCUGGGAAACAUGGUGAUGGCAAUGCUGUGCCUUGUCUAAGAACAUGACUACAAUUUGUUUAAGGAAGUGUCAUAAUUGUGCCAUUUGUGAACUUCAUCGAGAUUAAAAGCCUAUUUUCGAUAUAUUUGUUUCAGCUUAUUUUUUAUGUAAUCUACUACUACAACUACUACUACUGCUACUAAUUAAUAGUUUUGAUUGCUUACUAUGGGCCAGAUGAUGUUUUAAGUUGGUGCUUUAUACUUGUGAAUUCAUUUAAUCUUCGUGACAAAGGUGGGGAAGAUAUAUUAUAUUUCAUUUCUCAGGAAAUGGAGAAGUAAAGUCUGGGGUCAUGCAGAUAGGCAGAAACUGGUCUAGGUGUUGUCAGAGCUUGCAGAUAAAACCAUUAUAUUAUUGCUUUUUAAAAUGGCUCCUAAUGUUUCUCAGAGACCAUAUAUAUAUAUAUUUUUUCCCAUCUGCCUGUCAUGGUAGAACCUCAGAUUUUGGAGACACAGGGAAAAAUUUAAACAUACUAACAAUGUAGUCUUCAUCUAAUUUAAUGAAUUAGUUGCACCUGUUACUUGGCUUCAAGCAUGAUCAGUGGUCAGUGUUGGUACGUCUAUGUACCAUCUAUAUUCCUAAUACUAGUGUGUUCUUUAUCACUACAUCAAGAAAAAUUCUGUCAUGUAUUUCUGAAUGGGAAUGACUCUUUUAAAUGUGACCCAAAUCCCACUUAAAAACCAAAAUACAUAAACCAACGAUAUUUUCUUAAUUCUUUAAUAUCACACAUCCAGUCUUGGUUCAAACUCCCCAAUUAUC